GCAAAGCCCGGUCUCCGGGUAAGAUGGCAGCGGACGGACAGUGCUCGCUCCCUGCUUCAUGGCGGCCGGUAACCCUCACUCACGUAGAGUAUCCUGCAGGUGAUCUCUCAGGCCACCUCCUUGCCUACCUGAGCCUCAGCCCUGUGUUUGUCAUUGUUGGUUUUGUGACACUCAUCAUAUUUAAGCGAGAGCUGCAUACGAUUUCAUUUCUUGGGGGCCUGGGACUGAACGAGGGAGUCAACUGGCUGAUCAAACACGUCGUCCAAGAGCCACGGCCCUGUGGAGGCCCCCAUUUGAUAGUGAGCACCAAGUACGGGAUGCCCUCCAGCCAUUCCCAGUUUAUGUGGUUCUUCUCCGUCUAUUCCUUCCUUUUCUUGUAUUUAAGAAUGCACCAAACGAACAACGCCAGGUUCCUGGACUUGCUGUGGAGGCACGUGCUCUCCCUGGGUCUCCUCACUGCGGCCUUUCUAGUCUCCUACAGCAGGGUCUACCUGCUGUACCACACCUGGAGCCAGGUGCUCUAUGGGGGCAUCGCUGGGAGCCUCAUGGCCAUCGCAUGGUUUGUCUUCACACAAGAGGUCCUCACCCCGCUAUUCCCCAGGAUAGCAGCCUGGCCCAUCUCUGAGUUCUUUCUAAUCCGAGACACAAGCCUCAUCCCCAAUGUGCUCUGGUUUGAGUACACAGUAACCCGGGCAGAAGCCAGAAAUAGACAGCGUAAGCUGGGGACAAAACUACAGUGACUGGUGGGUGUGGCUGGGCCCAGCCUCCAGGUCUGGCCUGCACAAUGCCUUGCAGGAUGGAUGGAAUGAUCGACAGAGGGACAAAGCUGAGACCUCUCCAGACCCAAGUCACCAAGUGGAGCCUUUUUUUUCCUCUUAUUUUGAUUU